UGAAUGCUCUUCAGAUGCCUUGUCCCUUGUUGUUCCAGAUUCGAAAUACCCAACUCCACCAACUUUUUCCUUUCUACAACCUCUUUCAUGGCUGCCUCUCCCACGCACUUCUCUAUCUCCCAUGAUCAUUCUUCUUCCACGUCUCUCAUUCAUCUCCAAAACCAAUCGAUCUUCAGUUCCAAGGACAGUUUAAAGAAAACCCAUUUGAGAUUUCCCACUUCUUCUAGAAGAAAAUCUGUGAACUUGCAACUGAUGGCUUCAGGAAAGACACCUGGACUGACUCAGGAAGCUAAUGACCGUACCUAUGAUGUUACAAUUGAUAGAGAAAAUAACACUGAUGUAUUUGACGACAUGAAACACCGGUUCCUCGCCUUUAAGAAGCAUAAGUACAUGGAUAACUUAGAACACUUCAAAAAUCUGGCAGAUGCUCAAGCUCCAAAGUUUCUGGUGAUUGCUUGUGCAGACUCUAGGGUCUGUCCUUCUGCUGUCCUGGGAUUUCAACCGGGUGAAGCAUUCACUGUUCGUAAUAUUGCAAAUCUAGUACCUUCAUAUGAGUCUGGACCUACAGAAACAAAAGCUGCUCUCGAGUUCUCGGUGAACUUUCUUAAUGUGGAGAACAUCUUAGUCAUUGGCCAUAGCCGCUGUGGAGGAAUUCAAGCUUUAAUGAGCAUGAAAGGCGAACCAGAUUCCAGUAGUUUCAUACAAAACUGGGUAAUUACGGGAAAAAAGGCAAAGGAAAGUACAAAAGCUGUUGCUUCAAGCCUCCAUUUUGAUCACCAGUGCCAACAUUGUGAAAAGGCGUCAAUAAACCAUUCAUUAGAAAAGCUGCUUGGUUAUCCGUGGAUAGAAGAAAAAGUGCGGAAGGGAUCACUGUCUCUCCAUGGCGGUUACUAUGAUUUUGUAAACUGUACAUUUGAGAAGUGGACGGUUGAUUAUGAAGGAAGCAGAGGUAAGAAAGAAGGCAGUGGGAUUGCUGUUAAAAACCGAUCAGUUUGGUGAUGACUAAUGACCCAUCUCAAUCUUCAUUGGGUUUUCUUUCAUAAUUUUGAGAACCAUCAGAGACCCCUAUGAAAUGGGAUCAUCUCAUGUGUUUUUGUUGCAGUUGUGUGUUGAAAUCGUUUUCUAAUUCUACUUCUCAUUGCGGUUAAAA